CUCCUCCCAGUCAAUAGUCGAUCUCAGACACUGACGUCUUUGCUUCUCCACCUGUCUCUUGAAGAAGAACCCUAGGGUUUUACGGUGGUCGAAGCCCUAUUAGUAAUCAAGUCCAGCUGACAGAUACUGCUUUUCAAAUACUGAAGAUCGAAUAGAAGAAAAAAGAAGAAUGCAAACAGAAAGUGCUUUGUCUGUCAUUGGUCCAAGACCAAUGGAACUGUCUGUUCCUUUCAGUGGUCCUAAAGCACCUGGACCAAAUGGGAAACAGCGAACAUCCGGCUUGGAAUCUCCAAUCAUGUUACUAACAGGACAUCAAAGUGCCAUAUACACAAUGAAGUUCAAUGCUGCAGGAACUGUAAUUGCAUCUGGUUCACAUGAUAAAGAAAUUUUUCUUUGGAAUGUAUACGGUGAAUGCAAAAACUUUAUGGUGUUAAAAGGGCACAAGAAUGCUGUUCUGGAUGUUCAGUGGAUGACUGAUGGGUCAGCCAUAAUAUCGGCAAGCCCUGACAAGACUCUGAGAGCUUGGGAUGUUGAAACUGGAAAACAGAUAAAGAAGAUGGUUGAACAUUCCUCUUUUGUUAAUUCAUGUUGUCCUGCUCGAAGGGGACCUCCUCUUAUUGUUAGUGGCUCCGACGAUGGCAGUUCUAAACUUUGGGAUAUGCGUCAAAGAGGAGCAGUACAGACAUUUCCUGACAAAUAUCAAAUAACUGCAGUCAGUUUCUCUGAUGCAUCUGAUAAGAUAUAUACUGGUGGCAUCGACAAUGAUGUGAAGGUGUGGGAUCUUCGUAGGUCUGAGGUUACAAUGACACUUCAAGGCCAUCAAGACACGAUUACGGGUAUGUCAUUGAGUCCAGAUGGCUCUUAUCUUCUAACCAACUCCAUGGACUGCAGUCUUCGCAUAUGGGACAUGCGCCCAUAUGCUCCACAAAAUCGGUGUGUCAAGAUUUUGGAAGGGCACCAGCACAAUUUUGAAAAGAACUUACUUAAAUGUAGUUGGUCACCAGAUGGAAGCAAAGUAACUGCUGGCAGCUCUGACCGUAUGGUUUACGUUUGGGACACAACUUCCAGGCGCAUUUUGUAUAAACUUCCUGGCCACACUGGAUCUGUGAAUGAGUGUGUCUUUCAUCCCACCGAACCUAUCAUUGGUUCGUGUAGUAGUGAUAAACAGAUCUAUCUUGGUGAAAUUUAAGUAAUCAGAUGACUUGUAGUAAAACUCUGGAGUUGAGAUGUGUUUUGGCUGUCAGCUAUUGUCUAGAUUGUAGUUCCUUCCCUAGUUGGAUUUUACAUUUGUACGAGAACAUGAAGACUCAUAAAAGUUUGUUCUCCUGUCCUGUGAUUGUAGAAAAAGGAUAGUCAACGGAUUGGAUGAGAUUGAUUUUUCAUUUCU